AAAAACUGUUACCGUGCAAAAACACAAAACAAAUUAGAAACCGUGGUUGCCAGACUGGCAAGGUCAAAACGGUCAAUGGUCGCCGUCAACGGUCAACGGAAUCAGUGAUAUUCUAAGCAUACUGCAUUACUGCACACAUGUCAGCGAUUCCAACUCUAUUGAAACAUUUGAACCAGACAAAGCUAAACAACAAUUAACAUGGCGGAUUUAAUGUUGAAAGAUUAUCUCUUCCAGGUUUCAUGUGCAAUUGAUUCAAGAAAUGGAGAUGAAGUUGCAAUGCUGCUCAGUCUUAAAGACGUGCACUUUACUAAUGCAAAUUUGCAUUUAGAAAAUGCUCAAGACUCUUGUCAGCAGUUUCUUGUUCCACCUUAUGAUGAAAUGUUUGCAGCACAUCUCAGAGCAUUGUGGGCAAUGGGAAAGAAGAAUUUCUUGAAAGCAUUUGCUUGCCAAGAUGUUGUGGUACAGGCUUUUGUCAAAGCAUUCCAAACACAGAAAGAUGAGAAUUGGUCUCUCCCCAUCAUGAAGUGUGUUGUUUCUGAUCUUCGACUGUUAGGCCUAGAGGUGGAUAACCAGUUGACAAAGUCAGGUGAAGGAAAAAGUGGCGAGACACUUGAGCGUGCUGCAGAGGUUAUCAUGGGAUGUUUUAGAGUAUGUGCUGCUGAUAGUCGCGCAGCGAAAGACGUUUCGAAGAAAUGGGGAAUGCUAGCUUUGGUCAAUCAUUUAUUUAAAAUAUACUUCAAGACAAACAGAAUUCAUCUUUGUAAACCAUUAAUCAGAGCUAUCGACAGUUUGGCAAUCAAAGAUCAAUUUGAAAUAUCAAAUCAAGUGACUUAUAGAUAUUACGUUGGCCGUAAAGCUAUGUUUGACAAUGACUUAAAACUUGCGGAGGAAUAUCUGGAUUUUGCUUUUCAACACUGUCAUAAAAAUAACAGAAAAAAUAAACGAUUGGUUUUAAUUUAUCUUGUACCUGUUAAAAUGCUUGCGGGACGAAUGCCACCGAGGGAAAUCUUACAAAAAUAUGAUUUGAUGCAGUAUGACGAUAUUGUACGAGCUGUUAGGAGUGGUAAUCUUUUGUUGUUAAACAAUACUCUAGAGCGACACGAGGCUUUUUUUAUUACCUAUGGAGUAUUUUUGAUUUUGGAAAAACUGAAAAUGAUAACUUAUCGAAACCUUUUCAAAAAAGUGUACAUUUUAUUAAAGACACAUCAAAUUCCUCUUCCUUCUUUUGUUUCCUCCCUACAUUUUUUAAAGAUUGAUGAUAUGGAUGUCAUUGAAGUUCAAUGUAUAGUUGCUAACUUAAUCUUUGAGGGUUAUAUCAAAGGAUAUAUUUCACAUCAACAUCAAAAAUUGGUUGUGAGCAAACAAAACCCGUUUCCUCCUCUAUCGUCGUUUCUUUAGACCAUAAAGAUACUGCUGGAUAUGAAGGUAUUCCCAUUGAUAUCUUAGGACUUCGGACUGCAUAUGACACUGAACUAGAUAUCAUGACACGUUACAUCUAAAUAAACAAUAUAUUUUUGUUUUUA